AAGACGCAUAAAAGGCCCAGAGACGAAUAAAAUAUACAGAAUCGGAGGAGAAGAAAGAAAAGGUUUUUCAAUGGCGGAACAAGGUAAACCAGACGCGCAGCUCUUCCAGCUUCUCUCCGGUCUCCUCCAACAGACAUCUUUUAUUUGUUGGGCGUGGAAAGAAAAGGAAAAUUGCGCGCUUCCUGUUAUGCAUGAAGAGAUUUUUUGGUACUGUAAGUGCUGCACACCAGCAGGUCGAAGAGUUGACCAAACAAGAAGAGGUUGAAUUGCGAUCAAAAAUUGAAGCCCUUGGAUUGGAGGUUACAAAGGUUCCUUCAAAGUCUGCGCAAAAUCUUGAUGAGAUGGAAAUAGCCAGGGAGUUGGAUAAAUUAUCUGCAAAAUUAGACCAUGUUGAUGAGAUGAUAUCAUCAGCUCUGGCUGCAGACCCUCAGGUGCAAUCGCUACUGAGUAAUACUUCUGAUGUGUGGAUGCCGGUUAUUACUGCCAGUGCUGAUGAGAGACGCAAUUUUUCAGCAUCACUUGGGGAUGAAAUUGCUGAAGCUAAACCAAAAAAUGCCAAAUAGUAUUUUUGUGGAUGCCAUGCUUCAAAGUAUAAUAGAUGCUGUUUUUGGUUUUUCAGUCAUCAGUUCGCAAAAAGCGAAACUGGUGACCCAACAAAGUUGGUUUCUCUCUUUUUUGCUUUUUUUUUUUUUUUUCAUUUUUCAUUAAAGACUGAUAGAAAGCAAACGACCUGAUGUGCCUGCUCAGUAGUAAGUGAGAAAUUGUUGGUCAUACAGGCUUCACUUUUCAUUAGCUGUAUCUUGAUGUAUACGUUCAUGGAGAUUGGAUGAAUGGAUUAGGAGUUUCAACAAUCCUAUGAUCUGCAUCCCCAUCUCAAUGCGUGUUUUUCCAUGGAAAAUACUUUUUACCCUCAGUUGUAUAAUUUCAUGCCUGUAUGGAUAUGUGAUCUACUGAUUUCAAAUGGAACCAUCGGCAAGUAGUUUGUGCCCUGAUUGUAUAA